AAAACGGGCUUUCAAAUUGUACUCCAUAUUGAAACCAAAACUGCAAACCACACUUUACAGUCGCAGCAGGGCAUUGAGUGAUGGCAGAAAUUCAGAGAAGACCGGGAAGAGGACCCAUGGCUCCGCCGGGAAGAGGCCUGCCUCCGCCUCCAGCUGCCAGGCCCCCGCCUCGCCCUGAACCUGUCGAUCGUGAGAAGACUUGUCCAUUAUUGCUUCGAGUUUUCACCAAGGUUGGAGGCCAUCAUACUGAUGAAGAUUUUGCAGUGAGGGGCAAGGAGCCCAAAGAUGAGGUCCAAAUAUAUACAUGGAUGGAUGCAACCUUGCGUGAAUUGACUGAUCUGGUUAAAGAGGUAGCUCCUGAAGCAAGAAGACGAGAUGCAAUGCUGUCUUUUGCUUUUGUCUAUCCUGAUAAACGUGGUCGUUUUGUUGUUAGAGAGGUGGGGAGAACAUUUUCUUACCCUAAUGCAAGGCGGCCUGAUAGCGGAAGCAAGGCACUGGGUGAUCUUAGCUUUCAGAUAGGCGAUUACUUGGAUGUGGCAAUAACCCUGCCUCAGUGAUCCUUGCUGCUGCUGUGGUGCUGAAUCUUAUUGUGAGCAUAACCAACCGCAUCUCUCUUUAGGUAGAAUCACAUUUUGCUCGUGUCUGUAAUAGACCUUUGUGAGUUAGAUCUAGGAAUGAUGUGAAUUCUACUUGGAGCUUCGUUUGAUGGAUAGAUUUGUAGAGUACAUGAGUUGUUCUUUUGAGAAAUGCCAACAGAAAAUUGAAAUUGCUUGGUCCA